GUCAACGUCCUACACUGAGCUCUGUGAUGAACCAACAAACACACACACGCUUGUCUAUUCUGAUCUCCAGCAAGAGACAUCAGAACGGCUCUCAAACCAUGUACAAGUUUCUUCCUCUGACGGUGAUUUUACUACUGGCUGUUUUUGGGCAGUAUGUGAUCGCAGGAGGACGCUUCGAGCGAACCAUCAGCAGACCUUUCAGAUCUUUUCUGACGGUCCAUAACGGGAUGAGAUGGGGAUCAUGGGGUCAGAAGGAAAUGUGUCCGACUGGAAUGUACGCCACAGGCUUUAGUCUUAAGGUUGCAGGUAUGUGGGAAUCUCUGCUGGUUGGUGAUAACACAGCGCUCAAUGGGAUUCGUCUUCACUGCAUCAACCCGUCUAAAGGCUCAUCGGGCCCAUACGAGGACUACGCCACAGUUCAGUCCGACGUAGGAAGCUGGGGAAAAUGGUCAGAUAUCAAAUGGUGCUCCAGUGGAUUUCUAACAUCUUUUCAGAUGAGAGUGGAAACCUACCAAGGGACCUGGGACGACACGGCCGCAAACAAUAUCAGGUUUAACUGCACUGGAAAUACAGAAAUGCUACAGGGAUCUGGGACGUCGUGGGGUGAAUGGGGCGACUGGAGCGAGACGUGUGGAGGAAAAGGAAUCUGUGGCAUUGAGACGAUGGUGGAGCAGCCGCAAGGAGUUGGAGACGACACGGCCCUCAACGAUGUACGCAUGUACUGCUGUGAUUGAACCGAUUGGUUGUUUUAGAAAUGAAUCAGUUGGUUCAAAUUUUUACCAUCAGCGAACCUACCGUCAAGUAGUGCUUAACUAGUUUUGGCCAGAAUUUUUUGGUCAGAUUUUUUUCCCAUCCAUAUUUAAUGGAAGACAACAAAAACAGUAAUUGCAUCUCAUAAAAUCAUAAAACAUCAUAAACACACCUUUUGUGACUAGUUGUUCAUGUCAAUGAAGUUACUACAUGUGAUUCUGUGAAUGGAUUUCAUUAAAAAGGUGAAUGAUGGA